AUGAACUUCCUUAGAUCAACCGCUGCCACCCUCCUCGACAAGUACACGCCCGUUAGCCAUACCUCGACAUUCCGCAACACGGGGCAGAUCACCCCAGAAGAGUUCGUGGCCGCCGGUGACUACCUCACCUUCAAGUUUCCGUCGUGGUCAUGGGCCGAUGCCGAUUCACCAAGCAAGCGCCUCACAUUUCUGCCAGCCGGAAAGCAGUUCCUCGUUACACGACAUGUUCCCUGCCAUCGACGCUUGAACAAUGACUUUGCUGGCGAUGCAGGUCACGAGGAGGCCCUCGUUGAGGGCAACAAGGGCGGUGACGACGAUGACGGCUGGUUGCGGACUGGUAGCAUGACCAGCUCACAGCCCCUUAGGGUACGAGAGGUUCGCAACAUCGACGAUGCCGGCAACGUUGGAGAUAGGGAGGUUGUGGAUGAGGAUGACAUUCCUGAUAUGGAAGAUGACGAUGACGACGAGGCCAUCAUCCGGGCCGAGGGCGAUAACUCGAACAGUGGAAAACGCACCUACACCCUCUACAUCACCUACGCCAACGCCUACAAGUGCCCACGCAUGUACAUGUCGGGCUAUCUCGCCAACGGGCAGCCACUUCCCCCUCAUCUGAUGAUGGAGGACAUCGUCGGCGACUACAAGGACAAGACCGUAACACUCGAAGACUUCCCCUUCUUCUCACACAGCGUCAAGAUGGCCAGCGUGCACCCCUGCCGUCACGCCUCCGUCAUGAAGACGUUGCUAGAUCGGGCUGAUGCCGCCCUCAAGCUCCGUCGUGAGAAGAUGAAGGCCGGCCAGGGUUCCGGAAGCGAGCAAGGGAUGGAAGGUCUCGUGGAUGAGAUCAACAAGUUGGAUGUCAGCGGGGCACAUGCGAACGCUGUUGAGGCCGCUCCCGGCGAAGAUGCCGAGUGGGAGGAGGUUCCGCAUGAUGUCACCGACCAGGAAGUGGCUAUUCGUGUGGAUCAGUACCUGGUGGUGUUCCUGAAGUUCAUCGCCAGCGUCACUCCCGGCAUCGAGCAUGACUUCACCAUGGGUGUCUAA